AUGAAUGAUAAUCAAAUUAGAGCAGAAGGUAGAAGGUUAUUUAAACGCUUCUAUAACAUUCCUGAUGAUGUUAAUCCUAAAACUCGUAGAAGCUAUUUAAAUGAAGCAAUAGAUGCAUAUGAAGGAUUUGACAUUUCAUCAGAAAGUGAGAGAUUAGCGAGAAUGUUAAAUGUUAAUAUUGAUUUCUAUUAUUGUGAUCCUCAACCAGAAGACGUGGACAUAAAUAAGGUAGACUUUCCAUUAGUGGAAUCAACAAUGAUAGAUCCAGAAUUUGAAACAGUAAAUAUUUUAUUAACACAGAGUCCAUGUGGAAAACUUCACGCUGACAGAAUAACAGACGUUGAAGCACUCACCGGCUAUAAAGUUUGUCCAUAUUGUAAAGAAGAAGUUUAUUCUAUCCGUGAUGAUCCAGAAAGGAAAAACCAAAGAAGAUUUUUAAAGCAUUGUGAGAAAUGUAAAGAAAAUAAUGGGAGAUUAAUUCAAGACGUUCAAUUGCAAAAGACCCAGCAACCAUAUGCACCACAUAUUACGAAACAGAAGAUAUAUCAGUGGUUAUUAGCUCACAAUUUGCAGGAAUAUUAUCAACCGACAAGAUAUUAUAUUACUUUUGACUUUGAAACAUUAGAGACUAAAGAAGAAUUACAACUUUCUGAGUGUGCAACUUUGAACGCUUACUUAAAACCAUUCAUGGUAUCAUCAACGGUUAAAUUAAAUGAUAAAACAUAUACGAGGAAUUUUUGCUUAACUUCGAGUGAUUCUUUUAUUUCUGAUUGGAUUGAGUUUUUAUUUUCAACCUGUUCAUUAGUUGUUGAAUCAAAUAUGAGUCAAUAUGAAGAAUUAAUGAAGUCGCAAACGGCGGGGACUUUGUCCCAUACAUUAAAUGAAAAACAGAAGGAAGCAUUUAAAGAACUUCUAGAUGAGGAAUUCAAUAAAGUGAAUAUCAUAGGUUUUAAUUCGGGAAAGUUUGAUUUAAAUUUAAUUCUUCGUGAUUUAAACACUGCAAAAUGGAAAAUAAAAUCAAUGCUGGGUUCAUCUUCACAAUUUAAGCAAAUCAUUGUAAAGAAAACAAACGCUCCAUAUGAAUUGAGAUUUAUUGACAUCAGAAAUUAUAUAGCGGGUGGGACAUUAGACCAAUUCACUCAAGAUUUCGGAAACAAUAAAUCACGUGUUAAAUCCUUUUUCCCUUAUCAAUUCAUCAC